AUGUUCUCCCUUACUAGCUACGGCACUGGCGACUGGCUGACGGCCAUUCCCAUAGCGACAACACGGCAUAUUGGUCCAGUUCACUUCGCGAACGCGGUGCGCUUCAGACUAGGCCUCCCUUUCUCAACGCCCAAAAACUGCGACUGCACACAGCAUACUGCCAUCCCCAACCCACGUCUUCCCAAUCACUUGUUCGGAUGCGGGACAGGCAAGCAUCGCAUCAAAACUCACAAUGAGCUCCGCGAUGCAUACAUCAGGAUGGCUGAGGACGUGGGGUUCAUUGUGCAUGGGGAGACAGCGGAACAUUGCCCGGUUGACGAACAAACUGCUGAUUUUACCAUGAGGGACAGGAGCAGCGGCGCGGUGUACGUGUGUGACGUCACCAUUACCGAUCCCAUCAGCACCAGGGACCCGGAGGCGCUAAUGGAAGGGGAUGGGCUGCUCGGGAGCAGGCUGACAAGAAGAUCAAGCACUACUCUUAUCUCCCCGAUACGUAGUUUGUUGCUUGUACCUUGCCUAUUAAUACAAGGACCAUUAGAGAGAGAGAGAGAGAGAGAGAGAGAGAGAGAGAGAGAGAGAGAGAGAGAGAGAGAGAGAGAGAGAGAGAGAGAGAGAGAGAGAGAGAGAGAGAGAGAGAGCGAGAGAGCGAGAGAGAGAGAGAGAGAGAGAGAGAGAGAGAGAGAGAGAGAGAGUGAGGGAGAGGGAGAGAGAGGGGAGAGAGAGAGAGAGAGAGAGAGAGAGAAAGAGAGAGAGAGAGAAGGGAGAAUGUGGAGAGGAGAAGGACUAGAGGAUGGAUGGUACAAGGAGAUACAGAAGGCGUAG